UUCUCCAUUCAGCGCAGUGCCUUGGAGUCUUGUGUGAAAGGUUGGGGUGUCAGCGUGAUUGUUGGCUGGACAGACUUGCAUGACACUGCAGUUCGACCCACUCAGCUCAUCGCUGGACGCACAUGGAAGGGCUCCCUGUUUGGAGGUUUUAAGGGUAAGGAUGGAGUGACUCAGAUGUGCAAAGCCUACAUGGACAAGAAGUUGAAGGUGGAUGAGUUCAUCACUCACAACAUGACCUUGGACCAGGUCAAUGAUGCCAUUGAAUUGAUGAAAAACAGCAAAUGCAUCCGGACGGUCCUGAAUGUUUCUCCACAAUAAGUCCACAGCAACACUACUCAGUGAAUCAUCUGCAGCGUUCAAAUAAGCAAAGUAUUCAUAGAGCAAAAUAAAUGGUCUAAACAGA